AUGGGCUUCGAGGUAUCAAAAGCGACAACGGAUGUAGAAGCAAAGGAACAGCUUAAUGGAGAACUGCAAGACGAAGUCGAGCAGGUAGAAAAAGAAGAAGAUGAUGAAGAUGAAGAAGAUGAUGAAGAAGAAGAAGACGAAAAGGUCGCGCCCGAAGAAGACCUAGAUGAUGCUCCAGAAGACGAAGAGGAAGAUGACGAGGGAGAGGACGAGUACGUUGUGGAAGCCAUCAGGAGCCAUAGGGUAUACAAGGGCCAGGUCCAGUACUAUAUCAAAUGGCUGGGCUACAGUGACGACGACAAUACAUGGGAGCCUGAAGACAACUUACUUCCUCAUGCUGCAAAGAUCUUGUCACAAUAUCAUACCGACCUUGGCGGCCCGCCUACGGCGAGGAACGUGCGGAAAUCUAAAUCCAAGCAGUCGCUACGACGACAGUCAUCGGCCGAAGACUCUCCUGCGCCGAAGCGACAGAAACGAAACGGGGCCUCGACAGCCAGCAGCUCUGAAGAAGCUGGAUCAUGGCUCCCGCGUAAGGAGGAUUGGGAACCGGAGGUCCAAAGAAUCGACACCGUGGAGAAAACCGACUCCGGCCAGCUCACGGCCUUCAUCCUGUUCACCAACGGCAAGAAGACAAAAGUCAGCAUGGAUAAGGUCUACCGACACUGUCCGCGGCCGAUGCUGAAGUUUUAUGAGGAGCAUCUGAAGUUCAAGUGA